CCAUCAUAUUCCGGACUUCGAAAGCGCCACCUGGAUCUUAACAAUGACUCGUCCGCACCUCAUGGCAAUGAAAAAGAAACUCACAAUAAUUCAAAUUCAGAAUGCCACAAAGACGUCCCUGGCAACUUCUGCGGCGCUUCCCCUUACAUGCCGGCCGCUGAAUGACCCUGUUUUAGUCUGCAUUGGGUCGUUCAAGGCCGUAAAGAGCAUGUUGAUCGCAUGGUCCGUCGACACAACCGUAUUUGGUUCGGCGGCCCGACCUGCUGAUCAGCAACUUCUUCCGGUGGCUUUCUUCGCCGUGCUCCCGUUUCUACGACCCAGCGCUGCACUACCUCGUCAACACGCUGAUCAAAAAGGUGUACCUACUGCUACUACCGGAAUUGCAAAGUCUGGGCUGUAGAGUUCUUUGCGCAUCCCUUCAUAAGAUCAUCUUGGCGAGCGACAAGCUGUCCCGUCAUGAAGUUUUUGUUUACUACGAGUUUCUGAAAAAGGCGUUCAAGCGGAAUCGGGAAAUUUUUCGGUACAUCGAAUUCGAGCUCGUUCGUCUUACGACAUCUUCUUGUUCAAAGACUUCCACAAUUUUGUGGGCAUAUCUGCUGCAGAAGACGCCGGGGAUGACACGAGCGACGCGCGGACCGCCGAGUUAGCUGGCUCCGCGAGAGGCGAAAGUCUCAAUCGAACUGACAGCUGCAAUCAAAGUCCAUCAUCGCCCGGAAUUUUGUCAAAUCAGACACCUCAAGAAUUUGUCGCGACAGCGGCUCAUUCGUCCGCAGGCGACGAAGACGAGCCGACAAAAAAGGCGGCCAGUAACCCAAUCCACCGAGGCCCUCGAUCGACUGACACCUAUUUUCUGUCUGCACCUCGCUGAGCUGUUUCCUCAACCUGUCAAAGAGCACUUGACGUCCCUUCUUUGGCUCUUUAUUCUCGAGCUUUUCAAGCAAAAAAGGUCCAUGCUUCGCGCGGCAAAGCUGAGUUCGAACGCGUUCUUGGCGGAAGCCAGACGGCUGAGGUUCGCCCAAGAGGACGACGUGGAAGAGAGAGCUCAGUCGACAGAUCUGAUCACCGAGUACUAUUCUUCCGUCGACCCGAGUUAUGAGAAUUUUGAGAAACAGCAAGAAUUGUCCAAAAAAUUCGAGGUGUUUCAGCCUACAUCGUCUUGCACAGAGCAGCAAUUAACAUCGGUGCUCGCUGAGAAUUUGUUUCGAAUCACGCAAGACAUUCAACAUUUGGUUGACGAAUCGAGCGAGGAGUGGCCGAAGCACCGACUUCUCUCAUUUCUCGCGACUGCCAGCGACGUGUCACACGUACGCUCGAAAAAUCACCUGGCUUUGGAAUUUGUGAAGGUAGCGUGCUACUUUUUGGCGCUCAAGCGCUCUAUUCAAGUCCAGGUGGUCACAAUCAGGCGAGAUUUGUUUAAGCUUUUAUGUUACAAGGAAUUUGCGUACAACACUGAGUUGAAGAAUUCAGGGGAGUCGUGCGUUCUGCCCGACGUUGUCUGUGACUACUGCAAUUUUUGUCAGGACUUGGAUUUACUGCAGGACGAGAGGAUUAUGGCAGGGCGUUGGGACUGCCCGACCUGCUCUAGUCCGUACGAGAGAGGUUUCAUCGAACAACGUCUGAUAGAGACAAUUCAGCGGGAGGCGAUUGCUCAUCUGAUGCAAGAGCCGUGGUGUCGGAACUGCGCCGAGGUGAGGACGGGUCUGAUGACGACGAGGUGCGAGAGCUGUUCGGGUGAAUUGAGGUUUAGAAGGAGUUAUUCAGACCUGCAAAUUAGGCUGAGUACGUUAAGGAUGGUGGGGGAGCUGCAUUGUAUGUCGCGGCUCGUCGAUGUGGUGGUGUUCUUCGACUCGCGCCAGAAAUAGGUGUGAAUGCGAGGAAGUGAAAUUUUCUAAUUAGAGUGAUUCGUGAUGGAAAUAUACUAUCAUAGGCUUUAUAGACUUAGGGUAUAUACAGCGUCUACGAUGGGGGGGAUCAAUAAUAACCGUAUUUGGUUUUUGCAAUUAGUAAUUUAAUUUUAAAAGGGUUGAAAUUUUAUUUUCCUAUAAGGCCAUGACGUCGAGGUAUAAUCUGUAUGCCCCCUUGUCGUUGUUACUUUUAAGUUUGUUGGUGUUUGCGCUGGGGGUGGAUAUAACUCCGACACAGAGGACGCCCACGAUAUCAUCUACUUUUUAUCCUAAGGAGUUGGGAGAGCUCAUAUUUUUGCAAUUUACGUGUCUGCCCGCAGAGGACAAAAGUACUCAGUUGUGCUACGGAUCGGUGCUCGGGAACAAUGACCUGUACGGGUUCAAUUUGACGAGUUUGGUUGGGGCGGAGCAAGCUGUUGAAGGCGAGAGCGUCAAUCCUUAUUUGAGGACGAUCCGAGUGACAGCUAGUGGUAGUUACUCGUGGAGCGUGGUGCACUAUUGCGACGAGAAGAAGGUCAUAUCGUUGUACGCUCAGACCGCGGUUUACUUUUUUGACGUUACGAGUCUCAAGGAAGUGCAGCCGACCAAUGAGAGUUCUCAACAGAAGAUUUUCGAGCCGAGUUCGAGUGAGCUGGUAGAUGCAUUCGCCGGGGGAGUCGGGACGAAGCCCACGGUGGUCCGGAUGAUUUACGAUGAUGCCGGUGCCGGCGGUUCUUACUACCUGUCUAGGAUUUAUUACGACGGAGGCGGCGCGUCUUAUAUGGCGUCGUACUACGUGCUGAAGGUCAACAAGGAUGGUGAGGGUAGUGGUUCUUCGGGGUUGAAGGUAGAGACCGCGUCUGUGAAGGUAGAUAUUUUCGGGAAGGAUGGAGCCGAAGCGGCGUCGAAGGCUCGAGAUGAGGCGGCGUCUGAGGCAGGAGGAGGGGUGAAGGAGGGGGAUCGAGUGAGUGGAGAGGGAGAGUUUGCAGAGAUGGGCAAGGGCGUCGCUGACAUUACGGCGAUUGAAGAUUUUAGUUUGGUGCGACACAGCGAGUACAACUCGACGCAUUCGAUCCUCGUAUUUUACUCGCUCAAGAACAAGACGGCGCUGAUUACGAGCGUGUCCGUGGUGAGUGGGAAGUUGAGUUUCAAGCGCUUGUACGUGAUCAAGGACGUGAACAUGUUGUGGGACAUUGAGGAGAGCAAGGCGGUUUUGGACGAGGAGAGGGCGUAUUUUACGGCGGGCACGAUGGUGAGCGUUGGGGAAGAGGGCGACGAGAGCGUGGAUACGACGGGCAUAGGGUUGCUGUGCUCGCUGAACUUGAGCGCGAUGAAGGGGGAGGGAGGGUCGUUUGAGCAGGAGUUCACGUUGCCGAGGUCAGGGGCGGAAGAGGCGGUGGAGGAGUACACUGCGAGGUUGAAGGAGGCGUUGGGGGAGGGGGCGUUGUUGAAGGUGUUGCCGAUAGGGCAGGUGGGAGAGGGCCAGGUGCCGCACGCGGUGAUUUCGGUGGAGCCGGUGGGGGGUCAGGUGUUCACGAUUACGGUGCCCGACGUGCACGGGGUGCAGAUGCUCCCGACGUUGUACGGGUACAACGUGGAGACGUUGGAGUUGGCGACGGCGAGUUAUUUGGGGGAAGCGGGGAGUCAGUUGGACGCGCCCUUGGCGAUAUUUUACGGGUACAAGGACGGUGACGUGUUGAACCGGUUGGCGAUUUUGAAGUCCGCCGCGGCGUACGUGUUCGAGGGAAUUCCGAGCGCGUGUCCGCAGGACUGCUACAUUAACGAUGGGUACGGGAAAUGCCUUAGGGGCGUUUGCCAGUGCAACGGGAACAGCACGGGCGAGGACUGUUCGUUGAAGAAGUGCACGGUGGAGUGCGGGGAGAGUGAAGGUCGGGGAGAGUGCGACUUGAGGCUUGGGAUUUGCAAGUGCGACAGGAACUACACGGGGACCAGCUGCGAGACCAGACAGUGCCCGAACGCGUGCAACAACAACGGGAAUUGCAGCGAAAGUCCGGAUUACCAGUGCACGUGCGACGUGUUGUGGGCGGGGGACGAUUGCGGCACCGACGCGAGGAACGCGUGCGAGAUAUACACGGACAAGGAUUCGUGUAUAUUGAGGGCGAGGGCGUGCGGAUGGUGCGGGGACAACGACAUUUGCGUGCGCGGGGACCACGAGAUGCCGAACGACGGCUAUUGCAGCAACUGGGAGGUGGAGUACGCGAUGGAGGAGAUAUUGAAGGUGGUGGUGAUUGUGUUGAUUGUGUUGAUUGCGUGCUUUUUCCUGCUGGACUUGUUUUCGAUCGUGGGUUUGGACUACGUGACGGCGGCGAUUCUGCAGAGUCCGGAGACGUUGUUGACGUCGGAGUUCCUGAAGGAGGCGUACUGGAGGGACGAGCGGUCGGCCAAGAUGUGGAAGUUGUUUGAUUGCCUGCAGCAGUUGUGCUUGGUUUUGUUGGUCAACGCGGUGUUUCCGACGGUGUGGGUGCAGUUGUCUCGCUACUUCCAGGUGGUGAUUUUCUUCUUGCCGAGCCUGCUCCCGCCCUUCCAGGAGCCGGUGGUUUUGCAGAAGGCGCCUGACGGGAGCGACGCUUCCGCGGUCGCGCAGGCGAUUUCGUUGGUGUCUCUGCAGCUGGGCAACUCUGGUCGAGUGAGCCCCGGGAACAUUUUCCCCGUGACGAUCAUUUCGUUCAUCAUAGUGCUCGCGAUAUGCUUGCUGGUCUACUUCCUGUACGCGUUGUUGAUGUGGGUGAUGCUGAAGUCGAAGGAGCCCAACAUUUUUUCGGUGUUGUUCGGCCGAUUUUUCCAUUUCCUGACUCGAAUCGUGAUUCUCGCGUACAUGCCGCUCGUCGCCAUCUCGUGCUUCGCGAUGGUCCACAACUACAACGCCGGCACGACGGCGGCCGCGGUCGUGGUGUUCGUCGUGGUGGGCCUGCUGGUGCCGUUCUUCAACUGGUUCAUCGUGCGCGGCAAGGGCAAGCACCUGCUGUUCCUGCACCUGAAGAUCCGGUUUGGCGCACUGUACUCGAGCUACCACUACCAGAAGGCGAUGUUCAACUUGGUCUAUCUGGGCCGCAAGCUGUUGGUGGCGGCGCUGAUCGGCUUCAUGGCGUCCGAGUCGCUGACCCCCAGCAGCGGGCUGCUGACGGCCGAGCUGAUCCUCCUGAUCCUGGUGCACGUGAUCUACCUCGUGGCCCUGGGCGCGAUUCGCCCCUACCUGGAUCCGGUGCACUUCGUCCUCGACAUCCUGCUGAACGUGCUGAGCGCCGUGUUCUUCGGCUCGGUGUUCAUGCUGCGCGACCAGACGUCGUACCGCGGGAUCAUCCUGCCCGGUGUCUGCGUGACGCUACAGAUCGUGAGCUGUCUGGUCGCGUACCUGAUCACCUGGACCAACAUCAUCACGUCGCCGAUCACGUUCCCGUGGAUCAUCUUCGGGCCGAAGUACAGCGGGGAGUUCUACCCGACCAACACCGACGAGAUGAAGGUGCUGAGCCGACAGGAGGCCAAGGAACAGCGCUCGACGCUGAACAGCACGCUCCCCGGUGCGAGUCAGGACAGAAGGAAGCAAGUGGAGACGAACCUCGACGACUCGCUGCAAUCCUCCGACUAGGAACGCCACACUCGCGUCUCUCUGUGAGAAGGCGGCGCGCGUCCGGCGCAAGGCCGCCACCUCGUAAGAAAUAGAUGUCGUUCCAUCCCUUUUGAUACGAAACGCGCGAUUAAGGGCUGUU